GUGUAUCGCGUAUGUGUUACACAAGUAUAUACAUGCGUAUACUUAGAGCGGGGUAAAGAGACGUAGAGUGAGAGAGAGAGAGAGAGAGAGUGAGCUCGGUCCAACAAAGAACAAAGAGCGCACAGCUCACAGCAGCCAGCGCGCCUGCGUGCUUUAUUCAAUCAAGAAUCUCCCAUAUCCCCGAGAGCGCAACUCGUCGGCUCUAAAAAAAGCCCGAGGGGAGGGGAGCCGCGAGGAGAACGUGUUGUAGCUAGCUCGCUCGCUCGAAAGAAAGAGAGAGAGAGAGAGAUAGCGGAGCAGAGGGAUCCGGGUCAUCUCUUCUGGCCGUGCUGCGUGUUACCCCGUCUGGAGAGAGCUCCACUGCUGCCUGCCUGCCUGCCAGCGAACGCGGAGAGACACUAGAGAGAGAGAGAGAGAGAGAGCUUAGCCGUCAUCACAUUCAGCGGCCGACGUGUGUUGUUUUUACAGAGAACAGAACAGAGGGAAAGAGAGUACUGCUCGAUCCGCUCGCUAUUUCGCGCGCAAUCGCACGUAUAUCAAAGGCUGCAAAUGGCUGGCUUCCGAGGGCGCGAGGACCGUCCGAACGCUGCUGAGCUCAGCGCGCUAUUCUUCGAUCUGGACAACACCCUCAUCGAGACGAGAAAGGGGGACAGUUUAGCCUGUCGCAAGCUUGCAGAGGAGCUGUCGGAGGAGUAUGGAAUAGCGCAAGAUUCCGCCGGCAAGAUCACGAGCUCGUAUCUUAAGCAGUUCAGAAAGUGUCCAGACAACGUACAGUUCAGUCUGGACACUUGGCGCACGAGCCUCUGGAGCAAAGCCCUCGGAGAGAAGUAUUCUUACCUUGCUAAACAAAUUUACGAAAGAUGGCUCUACCUGAGGUACCACUACCUCGCCCUCAGCCCGGACACGGUCUCCAUGCUGCGCCAGCUGCGCGACAAGUACCUCCUCGGUCUCAUCACUAACGGGCCCUCGAACGCCCAGUGGGAGAAGAUCCGCAAGCUCAGCUUGCAGCAGUACUUUGACGUCAUGCUCGUCUCGGGCGAUCUGCCCUGGGAGAAGCCGGAGGCUCGAAUUUUCGAGGAGGCCUGCCGCUAUCUCCGAGUUAAUCCCGAAAAUUGUAUCAUGGUGGGGGAUAAGUUAGAGACGGACAUUCUAGGUGGUAUUGAAGCUGGAUUUGCAGGAACAGUGUGGGUUCCCUUUGGUGACAAUUGUCUCCUCGACAAUGGCCCAAAACCGAACUACACGAUUAAACAAGUUACCGAUUUAGUAAAGGUCCUGAAUCGCGGACCGGACGCUCACGAGUACGAAGACUCAUCGUCCAAUGCUUCGGACGGCAUGUAAACUAGCAACGACGAUCAUCGUCUGCGCCGACGACGACGACUUACAGUGGAUGUAUCUCGUCGAUGGAUUUCGACCAAGAGCAUACUCGGAACGCCGGCCAGAGAUUUUUUAUAAUCGGAAAAGGGAGGAAUCACUAAUCAAAGUAACUAUUUUUUUAAUGCCGAGCGGUCAAGAGUUUCGUACCGCAGAUCCGUAUCCAAUUUUUCAGAUUUUCUCACGUUUGCUACAUUUGAAUACUCGAUUUUUAUCAUUUCAUCUAAUGCUAUGGUGACAGUUGGUUACGUAUAUGUCACACGUAAUGCGGUAACGACGUUGCCAAGUGCAUUUUUUGUGAUUAUUUAGUUUGUAAUUUUGUUUUCUUUUUUUAUUAAGAGAAAUGAGUACAAAUUUUGUUUUGUUCACUUUCUUUCUAAUCGUACUGCGUUUAUUUGGAAAGUUUAGAUAAUAUAUAUAUAUAUAUAUAUAUAUCGCUGUUGUUGCUGAUGAAAGGUUUAGUAGAGCCUUAAUUGACGAAUAUUCAACUUCGAGAAGGAGAAUAGGUCUGGAUGCACUCUAAUGAGCCAAACGUCAAUUUUCACGGUACAAGAAUUUAAGCAGCCUUAAAGUUUAGCAAGUAAGCUUUACCGCGGAGCCGUUUCUCAAACGGCUCUCCGCGUCAAUCAUAUCUCUAGGUGUACAUGCGUAUUAAAAGAAACAUGUAACAAAUGUACAAAGCAAGAAAACACUUUACUAGGAUUAAUAGUGCAUAACUUCUUGAAACUUUGAUUAUGUUCAUAACUCGAUGUAAAGUAUAAUGCGUAGCAAGUGGUACAUGACUAGAUUAACUACUUAAAUUAUUAAAAUCGUUCUGUACGUAUAUAUAACGUGUAUAUUAUAAAUAUAAAUGUCGAGUACAUUUAAAUAUUCUACUUUAUAAUACGUAUGUACAUUAAAGUAUAUUUUUCCACUGUACAUUUUAUCAUUGUUGAAGAUCUGUAAACAAAUCAACGGCAUACAAUAGCACUGUACCAUACAAAGUAAUAGUCACGUUAAAUGGUCUGUCUUUCAUGAUUGAAAUAAAGUCAUUGACACGAAACCGAU